GUAAUUAAUUAUAUGACGUUGCAAGACAAAAGCAGAAGUAAGUCUAACUUCGAGGGCACGCCCUGAGGAAUCGCUAUGGGAUAUCAAUCAGCAUGAUAGAAAGUCGUUCAAGUAAAGUACCCACUCGUUUGAUCACUCGCAGGCCAAAGUGGUUCAUGCGCAAACGAUGGAUCUGGAUAUGACAAUCAAGGGCCUGCUGUUGGAAACGCUGAAAGGCCUGGGGCAGGAGGACUUCAAGGAGUUCAAGUUUUAUACGGACCUGGCCGAGAGCGUCAAAGAAAACGCAGACCGGACUGCCAUCGCCGCACAGCUGAUGCACAGGCACGGCAAAAACGUGGGGGAGAAGACCAUCGAGAUUCUGGAAAAGAUCAACAACUACAACCUGGCCCAGAAGCUGCGCAGCGACCUGCCGCAAAUCACAGGUAGCAUCUCCUCAGUGGAUGACGAGCAGAUCGGCAAAUACAAGCGGGAGCUGCAAGAGAACCUGCGGAAGAUCUACCUCCACGUUCCCGAGGGCAACACGGGGUACAGCCGGCAGGAGCCUCUGGAGAACGUCUACACCGAGCUCGACAUUACCCGCGGCGUCGCCGGUCUCCCCAACAAGCAGCACGAGGUCCUUCAAAUGGAGAUGUGCGGCGUGGCCGAGGAGGAGUCCAUCCAGCCGUGCGACAUCUUUGAAAGCCAGGAGCCCCUUCGCACGAUGCUCACCGUGGGCUUCGCGGGCAUCGGGAAGACUUUCCUGGUGCGCAAGUUUGUCCUGGACUGGGCCAGCGGGAGAACCAACACAGACGUAGACUUCAUCUUUCCCAUGGCCUUCCGCGAGUUGAACUUGGAGGAGGGGAAAAGCUUUUCGCUGGCGGAGCUCAUCCGACUCUUUGUCUGGGAGAGCAAGGCCAUCAAGAUGCUGGACCAGAUCUUGGUCAGUCUGCAAGCGUCGGCCAACCGCCACUACCAGUCCAGCGAGAUCAAGAUUUUGUUUGUGCUGGACGGCCUGGACGAGUCCCGCCUCAAACUGGACCUGAGCGACGAGCGCAAGGUGGACCCGGACGUGACCCUAGCCUACCCCGUGGAGCUGCUCCUGGCGCAUCUCAUCAAGGGGAACCUGCUUCCCUGCGCCCGGGUUUGGAUCACCACGCGGCCCCAGGCGGCCCACGACAUCCCGCCGCGCCUGGUGGACGGCAGAACCGAGGUGAAAGGCUUCAGCGACUCCCAGAGGCUGGACUACUUCAGGAAGAGGUUCCCCGCCGAGGAGGACGUCAUCAAGCACAUCCAGAAGUCCCGCACCAUUUUCAUCAUGUGCCACUUGCCCAUCUUCUGCUGGCUCAUCGCCACCGUUCUCCAAGACUGUCGGGAUGCCGGAAAGGAGCUGCCCGAAACCCUGACCGAGAUGUACACAGAGUUCCUGCUCUAUCACCUGGACAAGUCCAAGGAGCGAGACAGCCAGAAGAGCACGGACUACGUCAAAGCGCUGGCCAAGCUGGCUUUUCACCACCUGAUGAAAAAGCAACAGAUCUUCUACGAGAGUGACUUGCGGGAAAGCGGCUUGGAUGACCUGCAGGGCGCAAAACACUCGGGAGUCUUCACCGUGGUCUUCAAGGAGGUACCCCCGCUCAAGAAAUACCAACAAGGCAAGAUGUUUCAGUUCAUCCACCUGACCGUCCAGGAAUAUCUGGCCGCGCUCCACGUGAUGAUGAGCUUGUUCCAGGACAACAAGAACGUGCUGGACAAUUCCAGGUGGACGCGGAAAGGCCUCCUGUUGCUUUGGAAGCGGAAGCAGCUCACUCGGGUACACGAGGCGGCCAUCCGCAAAGCCUCCAAGAGUGAGGGAAACCUGGACUUGUUCCUCCGCUUCCUGCUGGGCCUCUCCUUGCAGUGCAACCAGGAUCUCCUGGGUGAGCUGCUGAAGGUUCCCAAGAACUACAGACACAGCAAGGCAGAAACGGUCCGCUUGAUCAAGCGACGGAUCGACCAGAAUUCUCCCGAGGAGAACAUCAACUUGUUCUACUGCCUGAAGGAGCUGAAGGACGAGACCCUGCUGGAGCAGAUCCAACAAUACCUAAAAGGGGGGAAAUUGUCCACGGAGGACCUUCCUCCGGCCAUGUGGUCGGCACUGCUCUUCUUCUUACGGGCUUCCGACAAAGCCAUGAGCUGCUUCCAUCUCCCGAAAUACGCUCCGUCCGAGAAGGGGCUCCUGGUGCUUCUGCCGGUGGUCAAGGCUUCUCAAAAAUCAGUGCUCCAGAGGUGCAAGCUGAGCAAGAAAAGCUGCGAGGCGCUGGCCUCCGUUCUAAGCUCGUCCCGCACCCUGAGCCAUCUGGAUCUCAGCGAGAACAACUUGCACGACCACGGGCUGGAGGCGCUCGCCGCCGGACUGGCAAAGCCGCAGUGCACCUUGCAAGUUCUCAGGCUCGAGGACUGCAAGCUGAGCAAGAAAAGCUGUGAGGCGCUGUUCUCCGUUCUAAGCUCGCCCGGCUGCCUGAAGGAGCUGAAUCUUGGCUCCAACGCCUUGCACGACGACGGGCUGAAGGCGCUCGCCGCUGGACUGGCAAAGCCGCAGUGCACCUUGCAAGUUCUCGGGCUCGAGAGCUGCAACCUGAGCAAGGAAAGCUGUGAGGCGCUGGCCUCUGUUCUAAGCUCGCCCGGCAGCCUGAGGGAGCUGGAUCUCAGCGAAAACGACUUGUACGACGACGGGCUGGAGGCGCUCGCCGCCGGACUGGCAAAGCCGCAGUGCACCUUGCAAGUUCUCGGGCUCGAGAGCUGCAACCUGAGCGAGAAAAGCUGCGAGGCGCUGGCCUCCAUUCUAAGCUCGCCCGGCACCCUGAGGGAGCUGUAUCUUAGCAACAACGACUUGUGUGACGACGGGCUGGAGGCGCUCGCCGCCGGACUGGCAAACCCGGAGUGCACCUUGGAAGUUCUCGAGCUCGAGGGCUGCAACCUGAGCAAGGAAAGCUGUGAGGCGCUGGCCUCUGUUCUAAGCUCACCCGGCAGCCUGAGGGAGCUGGAUCUCAGCGAAAACGAAUUGUGCGACGACGGGCUGGAGGCGCUCGCCGCCGGACUGGCAAAGCCGCAGUGCACCUUGCAAGUUCUCGGGCUCAUGGGGUGCAAGCUGAGCAAGAAAAGCUGCGAGGCGCUGGCCUCCGUUCUAAGCUCGUCCCACACCCUGAGGGAGCUGGAUCUCAGCAAGAACGACUUGUGUGACGACGGGCUGGAGGCGCUCGCCGCCGGACUGGCAAAGCCGGAGUGCACCUUGCAGGUUCUCGGGCUCAAGGACUGCAAGCUGAGCAAGAAAAGCUGCGAGGCGCUGGCCUCCGUUCUAAGCUCGCCCGGCAGCCUGAGGGAGCUGGAUCUCGGCUGUAACGACUUGCAUGACCACGGGCUGGAGGCGCUCGCCGCCGGACUGGCAAAGCCGCAGUGCACCUUGCAGGUUCUCAGGCUCUGUCGCUGCAAGCUGAGCAAGAAAAGCUGCGAGGCGCUGGCCUUCGUUCUAAGCUCGCCCAACAGCCUGAGGGAGCUGAAUCUCGGCUACAACGACUUGCACGACCACGGGCUGGAGGCGCUCGCCGCCGGACUGGCAAAGCCGGAGUGCACCUUGCAGGUUCUCGGGCUCCGGAACUGCCAGCUGAGCAAUAAAAGCUGCGAGGCGCUGGCCUCCGUUCUAGGCUCGCCCGGCAGCCUGAGGGAGCUGGAUCUCGGCAACAACGUCUUGCACAACGACGGGCUGGAGGCGCUCGCCGCCGGACUGGCAAAGCCGCAGUGCACCUUGAAAGAUCUCAGGCUCGUGGGAUGCAAGAUCGGCACACGAGGAUGCGUCUCACUGGCCAAGGCUCUCCGGUCCAACCCUUCCUACCUCCAACAGCUGAACCUGUGGGGCAAUGACAUCAGAGUGGAAGGAAAGCGGGCCUUGGAGGAGGUCCAAAUGGAUUCUCGCUGCAGUCUGAAGAUCAAGGGGCUGGAGGCUUGAUGUGACGCCAUUGACGCCAGCCUUGGAUCCUUGGGGAAAGUUCUGAGCACGAAUGGAUGGAUGGAUGUGGAUGCAUGCAGAAGCUCGCGAAGGAUGCCUUUCCCCUGGAGCGUUUGGCUGAGGACGCCCGCUGUCCAAAAGGAAACGGCAAAGCCUGUCCUCCACGUUAGUUGCUUGAUUCUCCGAGCGAUGAUAAGGCAUAAAUAUUUCCACAUUUCACAAAUAAGACGUGAAGUCCAACACAGACGUGUGCUCCUGACACUCUCCUGCCAUCCGCACUCGUGGCGGGCGGGCCUUGACCCUUGACCCUCCACUUCCUCGCCUAAUUUGACCUGCUGGCACCAAACGCCGACCAAUGGUGAUUGUUGAUGCAAAUAAUAAUAGCAUCAUCCUGCCUUCAAUUGACUUAUUUUUUAAUGCACUUUGAUGACUGAACCGCCACGAAAUAUAAAUACAAGUUGUAGAAAGAACAAUCAAUCAGUCAAUCAAUCUUUUCUCCAAAAUUUGAACACUUUGUGUAGUAGAAAUUAUUCUCAAACAGGGCAAGGAAAUAGUCCAAACUCCUACUAGGGGGAUAAAAAGAGAACGCUUGAGAAGAGACCACCGAUGGGAGGGAGGAUCCCUCCUCCAGGAUGAGCAGGCUGCAAUGGAUGCAGAGAGGACACAUAAUCCAAAGCUUUCUGCUGGAGGUCAUCGGGAGCUUGUCUUCACAUGUAGGAGGAUUCAAGUCAAAUUGUAAUCAGAGUACUUUGCACGAUCCAGGAGGGAAUAGUCUGAAGAGGGAGAAACGGCAAUGUGACAUAGACACAGGGCUGGAACUUUCCAUCAAACAUAGAUACCAAAUGGCUAAGUGAUAACAGAACAGGUUGAUAUGGUUUUGCCUCCCCGCCUUGCCCUACGUCUGACCUGACGUUCUACGUGCUGAGGUAGGUGCUUCAUGUACCGGCCGCCAUUGAGCAACCCAAGAUUUUGCAAAUAAGGAACCAACUGUUACAUCACAUCUUUAUUUUCCUUUAAGUCACAUUUUCUCUCUCUCUCUCCCUCUCUCUCUCUCUCGCUCUCUCUCUCUCGCUCGCUCUCUCUCUCUCUCUCUCUCUUUCCGCUUUCUCUCUAGAAUCAGAUGUUUAUUUCCCAUUUGCAUACAAAAGUCAAAUUUGUUAAAAACAAAAGGUAACUCUGAGCAAUGCGAUUCCAGCUGUUAGUCUCUCACCAACAAAUGAAGCAAAAAAUUGUUUUUAAAGUUGUAAAAAAAAAAAGACUUAACUGGAU